UUUGCCUGGAAAGUGAAACUAACUGGCUCUGUUUUUCUGCCUGAGGAAGUCAUGGCUGCUGUGGCAGGGGGUGCUGUCCAGGAUCUGUGCGAGGAAGCCACUUGCUCCAUCUGCCUGGAUUAUUUCAGGGAUCCAGUGACCAUUGCCUGUGGACACAAUUUCUGCCGAGGCUGCCUGACCCAAUGCUGGGGGGAGUCGGUGGAAGAGGCCUCCUGCCCUCAAUGCAGAAUGAGUGUACAGCCAAGGAAUGUCAUUCCCAACCGGCCUUUGGCUAACUUUGUAGAAAUCACCAAGAAACUCAGGCUUCAAGCACCCGGCGGGGCAGGUGGAGAGGGGCGAAUCUGUGGGGAACACCAGGAGCCCCUGAAACUCUUUUGUAAAGAUGAUGAGACCCCCAUCUGUGUGGUCUGCGACAGGUCCAAGGAGCACCGAAAUCACGAGGUGGUUCCUGCAGAGGAGGCUGCCCAAGAGUACAAGGAUCAGAUCUGCAGUUGCCUGGGGAAUCUGAGGAAAGACAGAGAGCAACUUCUGGCAUCUAAAGCAGUUGCAGAAAAGGAGAGUCAAGACCUGCUUAAGAAAACAGAAGCAGAGAGGGGGAAAGCAGUGUCCACGUUCAGACAGCUACACCAGUUUCUGGAAGAUCAGGAGAAGCUUCUGCUGGCCCAGAUAGAAGAGGUAGAGAAAGAAAUCAUACUAAAAAGGGAGGAGCACCUGGCCACACUUUCUAGGGAACUCUCGUUUCUUGGAAGUCUCAUUCAAGAGAUGGAGGAGAAAUGUCGCCAACCAGCCAGUGAAUUCCUGAAGGUAAGAUAGUGAUAGAAUUAGUCCAGCUUCCUCUCUCGAGAAAAGGUAGUUCCAAAUCAUGCUCUGACUUUUUCUUAUAUAUGAGAAGUAAUGGGCCUCAGCUCCAGUAGUUUAUCACAUGAGGCUAGAAAAGCAGAAUUUUAACAGGAUAAAAGCAUCUUUGGCCAGUACUUAUACGAUGUCACAUCGGUCCUGCUGCUACCUUGCAUUUCAUUUGCUACUGUAGGGCACUUUUUCAUUGAUGGGCAAAAUUCGUCAAUAGGCUCUCAAUCUUGUCACUGUUCCAUUACUGCCUUUGUGUGAUAGGUCCCUUCUGCUGCAUUUCCUCUUGUCAGGCAGUCAGAUGGUGCGGGUGGGUGUAAUUCUGCUACUCUCUCCUCUCCCAGUGAUCGUGACCACAAAUACUUUCCGGAAGCCUGCUGCUGUGUGCACAUUCACACAGCGGCUGGCUUUGGGAGGUAGCUGGCAGCAACCUCACACUUUGGAAUGGGAAGGAGCAGCAAUCACUGCUGCCAACACCUUCCUGAACCAGCUGCUAUGUGCACGUUCACACAGUGACUGACUUCAGCAGAUGGUUGGAACCCUCAAUUGCUCAUUCCCCCUCUUCCUCCUGGAAGGUGGUGUUUGGCAGUGCAGAAAACAGAUCACACAAUCAUGGAUCGCCAAAGCACUAUCAUUGGGGGGAUGUGUGAUAAGAAAUUAUGCCAAAUUGGUAUGCUUCCAUUCUUAAACUAGUGCAAUUUUUGUGGGACAGCAGACUGUGAUAAAAUGACCAGUUUCUUAUAGCUGGAUUUAUUGCCUGCAUGCAGCCUUCAAAACAAAACAGGACCCCUACCUGCUGGGGAUGCUUUAGCUGGAGAUCUUACAUUGACCAGGAGGUUGAACACAAUGGCCCAUGAGGCCCCUUCUAACUCUAUGAUUCUGUGAUUUAUAAACAUUAGUGCAGGGGUGAGGAACUCAAAAUACUGGAUUGCAACUCCCUUGUGCCCUCCUAGCUAGCAUAGCUAAACUUAGGGAAUAAUUUGAGUUGCAAGAUUUAGAGCAAGGGUAGGCAACCUUUUUGAGCCGGGGGCCAGGUUGCUGUCCCUCAG